GGCUGGUGUGUGUUCCCUACAGGCGUGUGCUAGAGGCAGCGCCAAGGGCCAACCAGACAGGCCAUUUCUUCUGGAUGGGCUCUGACAGCUGGGGCUCCAAGAUUGCACCGGUGCUGCAUCUGGAGGAGGUGGCUGAGGGGGCUGUCACCAUCCUCCCCAAGAGGAUGUCCGUGCGAGGCUUCGACCGCUACUUCUCCAGCCGCACACUGGACAACAACCGGCGCAACAUCUGGUUCGCAGAGUUCUGGGAGGACAACUUCCACUGCAAGCUGAGCUGCCACACUCUCAAGAAGGGCAGCCAUGUCAAGAAGUGCACCAACCGUGAGCGAAUUGGGCAGGACUCAGCUUAUGAGCAGGAGGGGAAGGUGCAGUUUGUGAUUGACGCCGUGUAUGCCAUGGGCCAUGCGCUGCAUGCCAUGCACCGAGACCUGUGUCCUGGCCGUGUAGGGCUCUGCCCGCGCAUGGACCCCGUGGAUGGCUCCCAGCUGCUUAAGUACAUCCGAAGUGUCAACUUCUCAGGCAUUGCAGGGAACCCUGUGACCUUCAGUGAGAAUGAAGACACACCUGGCUAUGACAUCUACCAAUACCAGCUGCAAAACAGCUCUGCCGAGUACAAGGUCAUUGGCUCCUGGACUGACCACCUGCACCUUAGAAUAGAGCGGAUGCACUGGCUGGGGAGCGGCCAGCAGCUGCCCCGCUCCAUCUGCAGCCUGCCCUGCCAGCCGGGCGAGCGGAAGAAGACAGUGAAGGGCAUGCCCUGCUGCUGGCACUGCGAGCCUUGCACAGGGUACCAGUACCAGGUGGACCGCUACACCUGCAAGAUGUGUCCCUACGACAUGCGGCCCACGGAGAACCGCACAGGCUGCCGGCCCAUCCCCAUCAUCAAGCUUGAGUGGGACUCGCCCUGGGCUGUGCUGCCGCUCUUCCUGGCCGUGGUGGGCAUCGCGGCCACGUUGUUCGUGGUCAUCACCUUUGUGCGCUACAACGACACGCCCAUCGUCAGGGCCUCGGGCCGUGAACUGAGCUACGUGCUGCUGGUGGGCAUCUUCGUGUGCUACGCCACCACCUUCCUCAUGAUCGCCGAGCCCGACCUCGGCACCUGCUCGCUGCGCCGCAUCUUCCUGGGGCUAGGCAUGAGCAUCAGCUACGUGGCCCUGCUCACCAAGACCAACCGCAUUUACCGCAUCUUCGAGCAGGGCAAGCGCUCAGUCAGUGCCCCACGCUUCAUCAGCCCCGCCUCGCAGCUGGCCAUCACCUUCAGCCUCAUCUGGCUACAACUGCUGGGCAUCUGCGUGUGGUUUGUGGUGGACCCCUCCCACUCAGUGGUGGACUUCCAGAACCAGCGAACACUCGACCCCCGCUUUGCCAGGGGUGUGCUCAAGUGCGACAUCUCAGAUCUGUCACUCAUCUGCCUGCUGGGCUACAGCAUGCUGCUCAUGGUCACAUGCACAGUGUAUGCCAUCAAGACACGCGGUGUGCCUGAGACCUUCAAUGAGGCCAAGCCCAUUGGCUUCACCAUGUACACCACCUGCAUCGUCUGGCUGGCCUUCAUCCCCAUCUUCUUCGGCACCUCACAGUCAGCUGACAAGCUGUACAUCCAGACGACGGCGCUGACGGUCUCCGUGAGUCUGAGCGCCUCGGUGUCCCUGGGAAUGCUCUACAUGCCCAAGGUGUACAUCAUCCUCUUCCACCCGGAGCAGAACGUGCCCAAGCGCAAACGCAGCCUCAAAGCCAUCGUGACGGCGGCCGCCAUGUCCAACAAGUUCACGCAGAAGGGCAACUUCCGGCCCAAUGGCAAGGCCAAGUCUGAGCUCUGCGAAAAUCUUGAGGCCCCAGUGCUGGCCACCAAACAGACUUACGUCACUUACACCAACCAUGCAAUCUAGCGAGGCCACGGAGCUGAGCAGGAGGAGGAGCCGUGAUCCUGUGGAUGGUGCGACGGGCCAGAGCCACACUCACACCCAAGGGCCCAG